AUGAACAGCUCAGUGGUAAGGACGUCCCGGGAAGGUGGAGCCUUACCUGCCCCAUACCCACCUGGAGAUAGGUGUGGUCUGGUCACCAAUCACCUGGACUACUGGACCUCAAGUAAAGGUCUGGCCAGCCGGUUCUGGGAGAACAUCAUCCUGGCGAUGCUGGGGGAGCAGUUCAUGGUGGGGGGGGAGAUCUGUGGGGCCGUGGUCUCCAUACGCUUCCAGGAGGACAUCCUGUCCAUCUGGAACAGGACGUCCAACGACCAGACGACGACGUCCAGAAUCAGAGACACGCUGAGACGAGUCCUGAACCUCCCUACCAACUCCAUCAUGGAGUACAAGACCCACACAGACAGCCUCAGGGACAACUCGAGCUUCAGAAACACAAAGAUUUCCCUCUGAAGAGUUCCUGACCGAUCA